AUGGGUGCCGUUGUAUCUUGCAUCAAGUCGGUGUUCCAAGCCAUCGGCGCUGCCUUGAUGGCUAUCGUCAACGGAAUCGGCGCCAUCCUCAAGGCCAUCAUCAACGGAAUUGUCGCCGUCUUUGACAUCAUCAUCUCCUGCCUUACCUGCGGCAGAGGUGGAGGUCGCCGCAAGACAACAAGUGCGGUCUAG